GUGAAGCUCACACUAAACACUCAAGACGUUCAUUUGGUGAAAUGGUUGUUCUGGUCAAACCAAGUCCUCAGCUGGGCAGCAAAGCAAUGGAUGGAAAUCAGCACAAAGUUGAGGCCAAUGUUCUGCUGCUCGGAGCAGAAAAUGUUGGGAAGUCAGCCCUCACUGUGAGAUUUAUCACCAGAAGGUUCAUCGGAGAAUAUGGGGAUAUCGAAUCAAUAUACAGUCAUAUUGACAAAACAGAUGGGCGAGAGAUAGCCUUAAACAUCUGGGACUCACUGUAUCCACAGAGCUGCGAAACAACUGAAUCCAUCAGUGACAAGCAGCUGCAGUGGGCAGACGGUGUGAUCCUGGUCUACAGCAUCUGCGACCGCUCCAGCUUUGAGGUGGUCCGGCAACAGGUGCAGCUCAUCCGGUCGACUAGGAAGCUGUCCGCAUCUGUCCCGAUCAUCAUCGUGGGGAACAAGCGAGACCUGCUGCAUCAGAGAGCCGUGUCGAGUGAGGAGGGCAGACUGUUCGCCCUCUCGGCAGACUGCGGCUUCUUCGAGAUCUCGGCGGCUGAAACCUACCACGGUGUGCUGCUGGUUUUUCACGAAAUCCUGGACCUCAUCAAGGAGUCCAGAGCACUUAAAAAGGGGAUGGUCGGAAUCAAGGGUAUAGUCAGAAGCGUGUCCGCGGUGUUUGGAAAGAAACGAGAGUGAAGAACUGUCAAAGAUGAUGAGCAAGAUGAAGAUACGAGGCCCCUGGCAGCCUAGCAUCUAAAUAGCUGAGAAGAGGACCCCGGCUGAUGGGUUUUUGGGGCAGAAGGGAGUCACUUUCGCCUUAUUAACCUUCAUGGAUGGUGGAAGGAAAAAGAAUAAGAGAGCAUGUUAGAAGUUCAGAGCCCAGAUUUAUGGUGAAGAAAAGUAGAUGAAGUUUGUUACAGCAAGGCGAUAAAAGAUGUGCUGAAGAGAAGUUGGUCACUGGGUAUGUGUAUCAAAAUGAAUCAAGACCCGGCCCGGAUCUGUCUUAGUCCUUGUCAUUUCUCUCUGAAUGAUCCUUCAGCUCUGAACAGAUGAUUUAGAUAAAUUCGAGUGAGCUGCUUUGGACUACAGAUGCCUGAAAUGUAGAGAUGGACUUUAGCUUCCCUGAAUUAUGAGUCUCCACUGACAUUUAGAUGUAAAUUAUUAAAUGUGGGAACUGGGAGGAGACUGUGUAGUAAAAAUGUAUAUAGAUAUUAUAUAUAUAUUUUUUUUGUUUGUUUCCUGGCUAGUUUCUUUGAGAUAGUAUAAAUGUUACUCAAGUAAAGGCACGUUUUAAAGUAAGGUUAAAAUGAUAGCGACACAUACAAACAAUUCAGAACAAUUUUUUUAUACAAAAGAUUACAAAACUAUUGUCAUCCAGUCAGAAUUUAUAUGACGUAAGCUUGUGCUUUUGUUGUUCUUUGGUGUGUACGACAAAAUAGUUACUGUUAAAGUUAUCGUUAUAAUUCUUUCUUGGUGAACAGCCUUAAGCGACGUCACUGCCAUAUUAUUGACCUGUGUGUUAUCUGCCUGAAUCUUUCACUUUUUUUGUAAAUAAACAUGAUGUCAUUUAGUUGAAGACCAUUUUUGAGAUGGUUUUAAUGCUUGUAUCUAAACGAUGGAUUUCAAUAAAGUGAAAAAAAUG